AUGUCCGGUGUCACGUCCCGGCUAUCGGGCCUGCUGGCCCAUUUCACAGGGUCUCCAGCACCAGCCCCGUUUGAGCAUCGCAUCAACCACCACACGCUUUCGCCGACAUUUUUCCUUCCUCGAGCGGCCGCAGUUGAACCCAAUGCCGAGGCAAUUUACCACGUCACCGCAAACAAUAAGAUCCUUCACCGAACAUACAGCGAGACCGCAGACCGUGCACGCGGCUUGGCUUAUUUCUUGAAAAAGAAGGGCUUCCGAAGAGUUGGCAUUCUUUGCCCCAAUACUCCGGCCUUUUUGGAGUCGAUUUUUGGAAUUGCCGCGGCCGGUGCUAUCAACGUCGCUGUCAACUACCGCCUCAAAAAAGAAGAUAUCACGUACAUCUUUGAUCACGGCGAUGCAGACGUGAUCAUUGUGGACCAAGAAUUUGCCCCCCUCCUCGAACUCUAUCGGUCACAACAUCCUCAGGUUCCCAUUAUUGUGGAUACUGAUACCGAUGCUACUGAAGGCGAAUUGUCGGGUCCCUUUGACGAUGCAGUGCUAGAAGGCUUGAGACACGAUUCGGAGACUGGAGGGCAUGGCUGGGCAGGCCUCGAAGCUCAAGCUGCCGAUGAAGAAUCUCUAAUUGCACUGGCAUAUACCAGCGGCACUACCGCCAGACCUAAGGGUGUUGAGUAUACCCAUCGAGGUUGUUACUUGGCUGCUUUGGGUAAUGUCAUUGAGUCUGGUUUGAAUUCCCACCGUGGACGGGCUAAGUAUCUGUGGACAUUGCCUAUGUUCCAUGCAAUGGGAUGGACCUUCCCGUGGGCUAUUACCGCCGUUCGUGGCACCCACUACUGUCUCCGCAAGAUCGACUACCCCGAGAUCUGGCGGCUACUGAAAGAAGAGCAUAUCAGUCACUUCAACGCAGCGCCGACAGUUAACACUCUUCUGUGCAAUGCGAAAGAAGCCGAACGGCUUCCCGAGCCGGUUCGUGUUACUGUGGCAGCUAGCCCACCCACCCCUCACCUCUUCGAGCAAAUGACCAACCUGAACCUCCACCCGGUUCACGUCUACGGCAUGACUGAGACCUAUGGACCGAUCACCAAGGGCUACUAUCUCCCAGAGUGGGAUACUAUCCCAUUGAAAGAGAAGUACCAGAAGAUGGCCCGGCAGGGCCAUGGCUUCAUCACCAGUCUGCCGGUACGGGUCAUAAAGACCGAGUUGCCCGAGGACACGAUCACCAAUGUCAAGCGAGAUGGCAAAGAGAUUGGUGAAAUUGUCUUCUUCGGCAAUAUCUGUGCCAAGGGAUACUAUAAGGACCCAGAGGCGACUCGGAAGCUCUUUGCCGGUGGGGUGUUGCACUCGGGGGAUCUGGCUGUCUGGCACCCCGACGGUGCAGUUCAGAUUCUCGAUCGCUCCAAGGAUAUUAUCAUCAGUGGUGGUGAAAAUAUUUCUUCUGUCGCAUUGGAGUCGAUGCUCGCCACCCAUCCCGACAUCCUGGAGGCCGGCGUUGUAUCCGUUCCCGACAGCCACUGGGGAGAACGACCAAAGGCAUUCAUCACGGUCAAAGAAGGCAAGAGUCUAAAAGGUACCGACGUGAUCAACUGGGCUCGAAAUUCCAGCGGGAUCAGCAAGUUCAUGAUUCCACGUGAGGUCGAAGUGGUGGCGGAGCUCCCCAAGACCAGCACGGGCAAGAUUCGAAAGAACGUGUUGCGCGAGUGGGUGAAAGGAGCCGAGCGGAAUGUAGGGAACUGA